UGUAGUGUGUAUCCCGUCCCUCUUAACCCUGUCGGUGCUCUCCGGGAUUCCCGUUAACAUCCAGACUUUCCAUCAUUCUUCUCCGUAUUUUCCGGGUGUUUCUGACCCGGGAGCGGCUCUUGAUCUCCGCCGGGUCUCCUUUCCUCUCUGCCGGGUCUCCUCUCCUGUCCGCCGGGCAGCCUCAGCGGGGCUCCGGAGCUGUGGAUGCGGGAGAAGCGGUGAUAAAUCUGUUCUGUAAUCUCCGGAUUUGAACGGGAUUUCCUCAGAUUUCAGCCUCCAGAAGCUUCGUUUGAGAACCUGACCUUCCCAGCAACAUUAAAGCUCCGCUGAUACCCGGUCAUAUGAAGAGCUGCUCUGGUGAAGCCCAUAUUUCGAACGUCCGUAGCGGCCAAAUGGUGGUACUACAACUCAAGUGACGUCAGUUUGGCGCGAAAGACUUUUCCCUUUUGACUUAGAUUGAGAAACAGACGUCUGUAAACCAGAGGGUAAUUUUCUAAACUGAAAUUCUCAAACAUCUGAAUCCAGAAUUAUUCUCUCUCUCCAUUCAUCUGACUGACAGAGGAGGCGGGGCUUAAGGAAAACUCGACUGCGCAUGCUCUGUGGGCCCACAUCCGGGUGCUUUCAGGGUCUACAGUCGCUUCACUAUUGGCUUCAGGCGCUUCUGAGCAGCUCCAUAGGAACGAAUGGAUGUUUAUGGGAUGUUCCAGUUCAGGUCAUUAUUCAUGUACAUGAAUAUAUCAAUUUAUUAAUAUUUAUUAAUAUACAGCUGCUGCCAGGUGACUCACAUCUAAAGAACCUCAGGCAGGUUAAUAGAGAACAGAUUUCAGAUUAUUUAAUUAUAAUUAUUAAUAAAACUAUGCAGAAACAUUAGGGAAACUAUUUAUCGUGAUUUAUUAUAAAAUCGAAUAUUAUUUAGAUAUUAUUAUUAGAUACAUAUAUAUUAAUAAAGAGGUCACUAGUUUCCUGAAACAGUAGACCUAACAAAUAAUCUCAUCAUUUGACAUAAAAUAUUUUGAAACCUUUCUGCAAACGUAAAUUCUUUUUUAAAUGAAUGUUUAUGAGGACGUCUCAAAGAAAUCGCACAAAAUUCCUAAAAUCAGAUACUAAACGGGCUGUUGGAUAUAUUGUUAGAGACUACAUUUGUACGAGACAAAUACAAUUCCUAGAAAACUUUAAAGUGACCUCAGUGCAACCUGAACAUACUCAGACAAAUCCUCAUUAACUUCAAAACUUGAACUGUGAAUGAUUUAUUAGUCUCUUUUUUUUCAAACCAACACUAAAAUAUAUUGUUGUACUACUCUGAAUUAAAUCCAGUCCUCAGGUGUGUGCAGGAGGUACACAUGUUUUAAAUAUAUGUUUGUACUGCAGAUAAACAUUUAUAGAAUAUCGAAAAAAAGAGAGUAAAACCUUUUAAACCGAGUUAGAAACUCAAACUCCCGCUGACUGGAAUCUGCAGCGUGGAAUUAUGGGAAGUGUAGUUGUAUGCUGCUCACUUAAAGGGACUACAACAGUGGACUACAGCUCCCAGCAGCAUUAGCGGCAGUCUCUGUAUCUCUAACACGAUGUCGGAUAAGACGGCGCCGCGCUGCCAGCUGCGUCUGGAGUGGAUCCACGGUUACCGCGGACACCAGUGCCGCAACAACCUGUACUACACGGCCGGGAAGGAGCUGGUGUACUUCGUGGCCGGGGUGGGCGUGGUCUUCAACCCGCGGGAACACACCCAGAAGUUCUACCUGGGACACAACGAUGACAUCAUCAGUCUGGCGCUGCACCCCGAUAAGGUGCAGGUGGCGACGGGUCAGGUGGGCAAGGACCCGUUCAUCUGUAUCUGGGACACCUAUGCCAUGCAAACCGUCUCCAUCCUGAGGGACGUCCACACACACGGGGUCGCCUGCCUCGCCUUCGACUCCGACGGACAGCGGUUGGUGUCGGUGGGUCUGGACGCCAAGAACACGCUGUGUGUUUGGGACUGGAGGAGAGGACGGGUGCUGGCCACGGCCACCGGACACUCAGACAGAAUCUUUGACGUGGCCUGGGAUCCGAUCCAGACCAGCCGUCUGGUCAGCUGUGGAGUCAAACACAUCAAGUUCUGGACGCUGUGUGGGAACGCUCUGACCCCGAAGAGAGGGAUCUUUGGGAAGACGGGCGACCUGCAGACCAUCCUGUGCGUCUCCACAGCUAAAGAGGAGCUGACGUACUCCGGAGCACUGAACGGAGACGUGUAUGUCUGGAAAGGCGUGGCGCUGGUCCGCACCGUGCAGGCCGCUCACGGGGCUGGGAUCUUCAGCAUGCACGCCUGUGAGGAAGGGUUUGCCACCGGUGGACGAGACGGCUGCAUCCGCCUGUGGGACGUCGACUUCAAACCCAUCACCAAGAUCGACCUGAGGGAGGCGGAGCAGGGGUACAAAGGUCUAUCGAUCCGCAGCGUCUGCUGGAAGGCCGACCGGAUCCUUGCGGGGACGCAGGACAGCGAGAUCUUCGAGGUGAUGGUGAGAGACCGGGACAAACCGCUGCUGUUGAUGCAGGGUCACAGCGAGGGAGAGCUGUGGGCACUCGACCUCCACCCAAAACAACCGGUUGCCGUCACCGGGAGCGACGACCGCUCUGUCAGGCUGUGGAGUCUCCCCGACCACACCCUGCUGGCUCGCUGUAACAUGGAGGAAUCGGUCCGCAGCGUGUCCUUCAACAACGACGGCUCGCAGCUCGCUCUGGGCAUGAAGGACGGAUCCUUUACCGUGUUGCGUGUCAGGGACAUGACGGAGGUGGUGCACAUCAAGGACAGGAAGGAGGUGAUCCAUGAGCUGAAGUUCUCCCCUGAUGGUUCCUUCCUGGCUGUUGGAUCCAACGACGGGCUGGUGGACGUCUACGCCGUCGCCCAGCGCUACAAGAAGGUGGGCGAGUGCAGCCGCUCCGCCUCCUUCAUCACUCACCUGGACUGGUCUGUGGACAGCCGGUUCCUGCAGACCAACGACGGGGCCGGGGAGCGGCUCUUCUACAGGAUGCCAGCAGGGAAGCUGGUUCCCAAAGAGGAGGCGAAGGGGAUCCACUGGAUGACGUGGACCGGCGUAAUCGGGUCAGAAGUGAACGGGAUCUGGCCCAAAUACUCCACGGUCAGCAAUGUGAACUCUGUGGACGCAAACUACAGCAGCGCGGCGCUGGUGACCGGGGACGACCUCGGCCUUGUCAAGCUCUUCAGGUUCCCCUGCCUGAAGAAAGGAGCUAAAUUUAAGAAGUACAUCGGUCACUCGGCCCAUGUCACGAACGUUCGCUGGUCCAACGACCUGCAGUGGGUCGUCAGCACCGGGGGGGCCGACCACGCCGUAUUCCAGUGGAGGUUCCUGCCUGAGGGUGUCAUGAACGGGGUCCUUGAGCCCCUCCUGCAAGAGGGCUACGCCGACUCCAACAGUGGAGAGUCGGACUCGGACCUGUCGGACGUCCCGGAGCUCGACUCGGACAUCGAGCAGGAAGCUCAGACCAGCUACGAGCGUCAGGUGUAUAAGGAGGACCUACCUCAGCUGAGGAAGAAUCUGAUUGGUUCUCUGAAGCGCCAGAAGGCUCCGGAGGAGGGGCUUCGUCUGCAGUUUGUUCACGGGUACCGGGGCUUUGACUGCAGGAACAACCUGUUCUACAGCCAGGCGGGGGAGGUGGUGUACCACGUGGCCGCCGUCGCUGUGGUCUACAACCGUCUGCAGCACAGCCAGAGGUUCUACCUGGGCCACGAUGACGACAUCCUCAGCCUCACCGUGCACCCCCUCAAAGACUACGUGGCCUCCGCUCAGGUCGGCAGAGACCCGGCAAUCCAUGUGUGGGACAUCCAGACUCUGAAGUGUCUGUCGCUGCUGAAGGGUCAUCACAGCAGGGGGGUGUGUGCUCUGGAGUUCACAGCGGACGGGAAGAGUUUAGUCUCGGUUGGAAUCGAUGACUUUCACUCCAUCGUCAUCUGGGACUGGAAGAAAGGAGAGAGACUUGCCAAGGCCAGGGGUCACAAAGAGAAGACGUUCGUGGUGAGGAGUAACCCCUUCAGGAUGGACAAGCUGGUGACGGUCGGCAUGAAGCAUAUCAAGUUCUGGCAGCACUCAGGGGGGGGCCUGACCUUUAAACGGGGGAUCUUCGGGAACCUGGGGAGGCAGGAGACGAUGAUGUCGGCGUGUUAUGGCCGCUCGGAGGACCUGGUGUUCUCCGGAGCUACCAACGGAGACGUCUACAUCUGGAGAGACACCACGCUGAUCAAGACAAUCAAAGCCCACGACGGGCCGGUGUUCGCCAUGUGCUCGCUGGACAAGGGCUUUGUGACGGGGGGGAAGGACGGCAUCGUGGAGCUGUGGGACGACAUGUUUGAGAGAUGCCUGAAGACGUACGCCAUCAAGAGGACCGCGCUGUCCCCCUCCUCUAAAGGUCUGCUGCUGGAGGAUAACCCCUCCAUCAGAGCGAUCACUCUGGGUCACGGUCACAUCCUGCUGGGCACCAAGAACGGAGAAAUCCUGGAGAUCGAUAAGAGCGGCCCCAUGACGCUGCUGCUGCAGGGUCACAUGGAGGGGGAGGUGUGGGGUCUGGCAGCUCACCCUCUACUUCCUGUCUGCGCCACCGUCAGCGACGACAAGACUCUGAGGAUCUGGGAGCUGUCGGCCAACCAUCGCAUGGUGGCCGUCCGCAAACUGAAGAAGGGCGGCCGCUGCUGCGCCUUCUCUCCAGACGGGAAGGCGUUGGCGGUGGGUCUGAACGACGGCAGCUUCCUGGUGGUGAACGCCGACACGCUGGAGGACAUGGUGACCUUCCACCACCGCAGGGAGCUCAUCUCUGACAUCCGCUUCUCCCAAGACGCUGGGAAGUACCUGGCCGUGGCGUCACACGACUCCUUCGUGGACAUCUACAACGUGCUGACCAGCAAGAGGGUGGGCAUCUGCAAAGGAGCCGGGGGCUACAUCACCCACCUCGACUGGGACUCCAGAGGUAAGCUGCUGCAGGUGAACACAGGGAACAAAGAGCAGCUGUUCUUUGAGGCACCGCGAGGACGCAAGCAGAGCAUCAGCAUGGCCGAGUUCGAGAAGCUGGAGUGGGCAGGCUGGACGUCGGUGCUGGGUCCGACUUGCGAGGGGGUGUGGCCCACGCUCAGCUUCGUCAACGCUGCCUCGCUCACUAAAGACCGCAAGUUGCUCUCCACCGGGGACGACUUCGGCUUCCUCAAACUGUUCAGUUUCCCCUCACGGGGCCAGUUUGCCAAGUUUAAGAAGUACGUGGGUCACAGCACCAACGUGACCAACGUUCGCUGGUCCAAUGACGACUCGGUGCUGCUGUCAGUGGGGGGGGGCGACACGGCGCUGAUGAUCUGGACCAGAGAGCCCGCCGGCCACAAGGAGAGCAAAGCUGUGGACAGCGAGGAGUCGGACGACGACCCGGAGGAGGACGGAGGGUACGACAGUGAUGUGGCCCGGGAGAAGGCGGUGGACUACGUCACUAAGAUCUACUCUGCCAGCAUCAGGAACAUGAUCGGAACCAGACCUCACCUGCAGCACCGAGAACUCCCUGUGGAGGAGAGGCCUCCGGUGAGUCGUGCUGCUCCGCUGCCUGAUAAACUUCUGAAGAACAACGUGAGCAAGAAGAAGAAGCUGGUGGAGGAGCUGGUGUUGGAGCACGUGUUCGGCUACCGAGGCUUCGACUGCCGCAACAACCUGCACUACCUGAACGACGGCGCAGACAUCAUCUUCCACACCGCCGCUGCCGUCAUCAUCCAGAACCUGUCCGCUGGAACGCAGAGUUUCUACCUGGAGCACACCGACGACAUCUUGUGUCUGACCGUCAACCAGCACCCUAAGUACCAGAACAUCAUCGCCACGGGACAGAUCGGUGACCUCGCUGACCUGCCAGAGGCGGAGGUGUCCGGCCUUUCUCCCUCCAUCCAUGUGUGGGACGCCCUGACGAAGCAGACGCUCUCCAUCCUGCGCUGCUGCCAUGCUAAAGGCGUGGGCUACGUUAACUUCAGCGCCACCGGGAAGCUGCUGCUGUCCGUGGGGGUGGAGCCUGAACACACCAUCACCGUGUGGAGGUGGCAGGAAGGCACCAAGGUGACCUGUAAAGGCGGCCAUGCCGAGCGGAUCUUCGUGGUGGAGUUCAGACCAGACUCGGACACCCAGUUUGUGUCGGUGGGAAUCAAACACAUCAAGUUCUGGACUCUGGUGGGCGGCUCGCUGGUUUACAAGAAGGGAGUGAUCGGCGCGGUGGAGGAUGGCCGCAUGCAGACCAUGCUGUCCGUGGCCUUCGGUGCUAACAACCUGACCUUCACCGGCGCUAUCAACGGAGACGUGUUCGUGUGGCGGGAGCACUUCCUGGUGCGGGUGGUGGCGAAGGCGCACAGCGGCCCGGUGUUCACCAUGUACACAACGCUGAGGGACGGCCUCAUCGUCACCGGAGGGAAGGAGCGCCCGACGAAGGAAGGCGGUGCGGUGAAGCUGUGGGAUCAGGAGAUGAAGCGCUGCAGAGCCUUCCAGCUGGAGACCGGGCAGCCGGUGGAGAACGUGAGGUCCGUCUGCAGGGGGAAGGGUAAGAUCCUGGUGGGCACGAAGGACGGGGAGAUCAUCGAGGUGGGGGAGAAGAACGCCGCCUCCAACACCAUGAUCAACGGACACACUCAGGGGGGGAUCUGGGGGCUCGCCGCUCACCCCUUCAAAGACGUCUUCAUCUCCGCCAGUGACGACGGAACCAUCCGGAUCUGGGACCUGGCUGACAAGAAACUGCUGAACAAGGUGAGUCUGGGUCACCCCGCUAAGUGUACGUCCUACAGUCCCAACGGGGAGAUGGUUUCCAUCGGCAUGGAGAACGGAGAGUUCAUCGUGCUGCUCGUCAACUCGCUCACCGUGUGGGGCAAGAAGAGGGACCGCAGUGCGGCCAUCCAGGACAUCCGGUUCAGUCCUGAUAACCGGUUCCUGGCGGUGGGCUCGCUGGAGAGCGCGGUGGAUUUCUACGACCUGUCUCUGGGUCCGGCUCUGAACAGGGUGGGGUACUGUAAGGACAUCCCAGGCGCCGUCCUGCAGGUGGACUUCUCCGCCGACAGCCAACACAUCCAGGUGUCCAGCAGCAGCUACACCCGGCAGGUCCACCAGGUCCCCUCAGGGAGGCUGCUGUCAGAGCCGGCGCUGUGUGAGAAGAUCACCUGGGCCACCUGGACCAGCGUCCUGGGGGAGGAGGUCCUGGGGGUGUGGCCCAGGAACUCUGAGAAGGCGGAGGUGAACUGUGGCUGCGUGUCUCACUCCGGACUCAGCCUCGCCACCGGGGACGACUUCGGACUCAUCAAGCUGUUUGACUUCCCCUGCAGCGACAAAUUCGCCAAACACAAGAGGUACUUUGGACACUCGGCUCACGUCACUAAUGUCCGCUUCUCCUGUGACGAUAAGUUCCUGAUCAGCGCCGGAGGCAGCGACUGCAGUCUGUUUGUGUGGAGGUGUCAGUGAGGCUCUGCUGCGGCGCUGCGGGGAUCCAACCGGCCGGCUCCUCCAGCUUUUGUGUGUGUGUCAGUGCCUUCACCAUCUCUGACCAAACAUUUGAUAAAAUGUGUUUAAAUCGUGGUGCUAACAAACA